GUCGCCCUCGACGCGUGCACGGCGCGCGCUCUCCUCUCUGUUCUCAUCACCGACUAUCACUUCCGUGUUGGCGUGUCUCGACGUCACGCGGAAUGUGAAGCAGGAAACACGGAUGUGUUGCGCUUAAUCUGCAUCUACAGCCGUGUUCCGAUCCAUAUGUUGAAGCCAAACCCCCUUCCGAGCUGAUCUGAUCCAGACGCGGAGCAUCGGUUGAACGGUACCGAGUGGAGGAAUGCCUGCCGGUGUGUGUGGGUGUUGUGGUCCUCUGCGGCCGCGCUACAAACGCCUAGUCGACAACAUUUUCCCAGAGGACCCCAAGGAUGGACUGGUUAAAUCUGACAUGGAGAAGUUGACGUUUUAUGCGGUGUCAGCUCCUGAAAAGCUGGACCGCAUCGGAGCAUACCUGGCCGAGCGGCUCACCAGAGAUGUGGUACGACAUCGCUAUGGGUAUGUAGGAAUAGCGAUGGAAGCUUUGGAUCAGUUGUUGAUGGCCUGUCAUUCCCAGAGUAUCAAGCCAUUUGUGGAGAGCUUCUUACACAUGGUAGCCAAACUGCUGGAGUCCAGAGAACCAGAUUUACAAGUGCUGGGCACCAACUCGUUUGUGAAGUUUGCAAAUAUUGAGGAGGAUACGCCAUCUUACCAUCGAAGAUAUGACUUUUUCGUCUCUCAGUUCAGUGCCAUGUGUCAUUCUACACAUGAGGACCCCGAGACCCGCAGCAGGAUCCGUGUAGCAGGCAUUAAGGGUCUCCAGGGUGUUGUCAGAAAGACUGUGAAUGAUGAACUCCAGGCAAUCAUCUGGGAGCCUCAGCACAUGGAUAAACUCAUCCCUUCCAUGCUGUUCAACAUGCAAGAUAAUGAGGACUCUGAGAGGGCUGGAGAGGAGAAUCCGGCUUCGUUGGCGGAGAGCUGCUUUCGAGAGUUGCUGGGUCGCGCUGCUUAUGGCAACAUGAACAAUGCAGUGCGUCCUGUGUUAGUGCAUUUAGACAACCAUCGUCUGUGGGACCCGAAUGACUUUGCAGUUUCCUGUUUCAGGAUAAUCAUGUACUCAAUACAGGCGCAGCAUUCUCACCAUGUGAUCCAGCAAGUGUUGUCUCACCUUGACACCCACAGUAAGAACACGCCGCGUGUGAGAGCAGGUAUUGUUCAGGUGCUGCUCGAGACGGUUGCCAUUGCUGCCAAGGGCUCCAUCGGUCAUAUUGCUCAUAAUCAAAACAAUGCUUACACGUUUCUCAGUUCCGUCUCUUCACCACCCAAUCUGUGGUUGGGUCCCACGGUGCUUGAGGUGUUCAACACCCUGCUGAAGCAUCUGCGGAUGAGUGUGGAUUUUGAGCUGGGCGACGGGUCCCGCAGGAACUCCACCAGCAGCCUCUCCUCCGUCCGCACUAAAGAAAGCGAGGAACGCAUCGUCCAGAAUGCCAUCAUCCAAACCAUCGGUUUUUUUGGAGGAAAUCUUCCUGAUUACCAGAGAGCAGAAGUGAUGAUGUUCAUUAUGGGAAAAGUACCAGUUUACGGGACGCCAUGCCACACGCUGGACACGGUCAAGAUUGGGCAUCAGGGCACUAAGAGAAUCCAGGCGAUGCUGCUCAGUUCUCUUAUUAUGGUUACUUCAGGGUUUAAGUGUAAAACGAUGGGCGCUGGCCUCCCCGCAGCGUUUUUGGAGCCGCUUUGCUCCAUCUCUCUGAUGGAAGACAGUGAACUCCGGCAACUCGUCUUGGAGAUUCUCCACAACAUCAUCGAUCGUCAUGACAACAGAGCCAAACUCCGAGGGAUCCGGAUUAUUCCUAACGUAGCAGCUCUGAAGUUCAAGAGAGAAAAAAUCUGCAAAGAAGAUGUGGUCUUCAUGAAAAAGCAUGGACAGCAGUUAUACAGGCACAUUUAUCUGGGCUGUAAGGAGGAAGAUAAUCUGCAGAAGAACUUUGAACUGCUCUUCACAGCGCUGGCUCUCAUCACCAUUGAACUGGCCAAUGAGGAGGUGGUGAUUGACCUGAUGCGUCUGUCCAUCGCCCUGCAGGAUAUGGCCUUGGUCAAUGAGGAGAAUAUGCCCAUGUUUAUUCGUUGUGGCAUCAUGGCGUUGGUCGCCGCAUACCUCAACUUCCUCAGUCAGAUGAUCGCAAAUCCUCCUUUUUGCCAACAUGUCAGCAAGGUGAUUGAGCUGAGAAGUUUGGAUGCUCCGUAUCUCCUGCCGGAACACAUCUUCAGGGAAAAGUGUGUGCUUCCAGACUCUUUGGAUAGGGAAGACAAUGCGCUGUAUUUUCAGACGGCUGAUCUGGCGGAAGCAAUGACUGUACCUGGAUAUAAUGUAGAGCGACUGUCCAUACCUUACAUACCACAGGUCACAGUCCUGUACACGGUAGGAAAGAUUCUGCACAGAUGUAAACAGACAUCCAGAGACCGGAUGCCUCGUAGGAAGAGCUUUGUCGACACUAUUUCUCUCCAAGUGGACAUCAUUUCCAACAGCGUGCCUGAUCAGUCUCAGCUCGCGGAGGAGAUUACGUUUGAGACCCUGAAGAAGGCCAUUGAUACCACUGGUCUGGAGGAGCAGGAGAGGGAGAGGAGACGACAGGUGAUGGAGAAGUUCCAGAAAGCUCCGUUCGAGGAGAUCGCCGCUCACUGCGAGUCUAAGGCUAACAUGUUGCAUGAUCGCUUGGCUCAGAUUUUCGAACUCACUAUUCGCCCCCCUCCGAGCCCCUCGGGCACCGUGACCGUGACGUCAGGCCAUGCCCAGUACCAGUCUGUGCCAGUCUAUGAAAUGAAGUUCCCUGACCUCUGCGUAUACUGAACCAUGACCUUUCACCUCUUAUCACACAGACUCACAUUUGACUAGUUUGGUCCUGUGAACUUUCACUUACCUGAGCCACUUAUUUUGAUCACUAUAGACUUGACAUGCAUUCAAUCCAGCAGAAAAGAGAAGCUUUGUCAACCGGGCAGGCGCUUUACAGGCCUCCACUCUGCACCAAUCAGCACGCAGAGCUUCACAACCAGCUGUUCAAUCAUAUACCAGCUCUGUGCGCUUUUCAGUUUGAUUCUUGCACUAAACGGCAGCUCAAAGAAUCAAACUGACUUUGAACUCUUCUGUAUUGAUUCAUAGGAGUCGUUUAGAAAAUGACUCUCUGGUUGCAUUAAGGGAAAUUAAGUGCUAGCGUUGGCUUAAGUGCUUGUUUAUUUUCAUCAAAAGGAGAGUUCACCUAAAAAUAGAACAGUUGCUGUUAAUUUACUCAUCCAUCCAGUAUAUACAUGACUUUUUCUCUUCGAUAGAACAUUAAAGAAGAUGUUUAGCUGAAAUUGUGGGACAUAUUUAAUGUAAGCCAAUGGACAUCAGCACUUUUAGAGUAAACAAAGUAUACAGGCAACACAUAAUUGUUUUAUAGGUUGUGAAUCUUACUUUUAAUGUUGUAAAUAAUGUUCAGUUCUUUUUGCACGGAUUGAUCAUUCUGCUUCAUGAGUCCACAGUUUAUAAUCAGCAUCCAUUGGUAUUGUUUUAGCUUUUCCUGUAUACAUUUUUGUUUUUAACUCUCAAAAUCCAUUUACUUGCAUUUAAUCAAUGCACCACACCUUCAUCUAAACCAUCUUCUUAAAUGUUAUUUGAAAUACAAGUCAUGAAAAUCUGAAAGGGGAGUUAAUUAGCAGCAGAUUUGGAUUGCGUGCACCUUUAGCUCAUUUCUUUAGCACAUCAUCAGCAGAGAGAUUUAAACCUAAACUAGAUUUCUGCUCUCUUAAAUCUCUCCUAUAUAAAUGAUUAUAGUGUAUAGUGUACACAAGUAUAGUAUAGGCUAUUUUUGACAAAACACAUAUACUUUUAGAUGAACUGAUAGUUGCCGAGUGCUAUUCGUGUUCUGUUUUGCAUGGCUUAGCCAAAAUGUGCGUGCGUUUAGGCCUUUAUUAAUCUACAGUUAGCCUUUAACUUCGAUGUCGUGGAUGUCAAUGGGGCUUUCGUUCACCCAGAGUUCUUAGCGAUCACUAUGCUCUUCAUUUUGCCUUCACAGUAUAGAGAAACCAAAACAUUUGCUUUUCAUCACCAAAGAGCUCCGCCCACACACUUCCUUUUAUGGCCAGACAAAUGGCAGCCAGUCUUGAGCCAAUCAGAACCCGACUUCUCAUUCAGGGGGUGGGAAUGGUAUCUAAAAAGUAAAAUGAUAAAUGAUCAAGCCACAAGGGUGUUAAAGGAACACUCAACUUUUUGAGGGGAAAAUAUGCUCAUUUUACAGCUCCCCUUGAGUUUUACCAUUUUUGAAUCCAUUCAGCCAAUCUGCGGCUCUGCUGGGAGCACUUUUAGCUUAGCUUAGCAUAAAUAAUUGAAUCGGAUUAGACUAUUAGCAUCUCACUCAAAAAUAUUAUAAAUUCAUAAAUAGUAAAUCCCCACAGAAGUUAAACUGUUUAGCCUUACCAUUUUUGAAUCCAUUCAGCAGAUCUCUGGGUCUUGUGGGAGCACUUUUAGCUUAGCUUAGCAUAAGUCAUUGAAUCGGGUUAGACCAUUAGCAUCUUGCUCAAAAAUUAUAUAAAUUCAUGAAUGAUAAACUGCCCUAGAGUUAAACAAUUGAGGUUUGCCAUUUUUGAAUCCAUUCAGCCGAUCUCUGGGUCUGGCUGGUGCACUUUUAGCUUAGCUUAGCAUAAGUCAUUGAAUCGGAUUAGACUAUAAGCAUCUCACUUAAAAUUUAAAUAAAUUCAUAAAUAGAAAACUUUGUUAGAGGUAAACAGAUGAGUUUUACCAAUUUUGAAUCCAUUCAGUGGAUCUCCCGGUCUGGCUGGAGUACUUUUAGCUUAGCUUAGCAUAGCACAAAUAAUUGAAUCGGAUUAGACCAUUAGGAUCUCACUCAAAAAUUUCAUAAACACAUAAAUAGUUAAUUCCCACAGAAGUUAAACAGUUUAGUUUUACCAUUUUUGAAUCCAUUCAGUGGAUCUCCGGUCUAGCGGGAGCUCUUUUAGCUUUGCAUAGCAUAAAUCAUUGAGUUGGUUUAGACCAUUAGCAUCUCAGUCAAAAUUGACAUAAAUUCAUGAAUGGAAAACUUCAUUAGAGUUAAACAGUUAAGUUUUGCCAUUUUUGAAUCUGUUUAGCCGAUCUCUGGGUCUGGCGGGAGUACUUUUAGCAUAGCAUAGCAUAAAUUACUGAAUCAGAUUAGACCAUUAGCAUCUCGGUUAAAAAUUGUAUAUAUUCAUAAACGGUAAACCUCAUCAGUUUAACAAGCAUAUUUCCACAAAAAUAAGUGGAGUGAUCCUUUAAAUGGGCUUUUCGGGUAACUAUUUCAUCAUCCUUGGACUGUAAAACAAAAAAAAAUGUGUCAUGCUGAAUUCUGACAAUGUUAUUUGCGACUGUUAGAUGCUGAAAAAUACUUUGCUGGAAAUGUUUUACAUCAUCCGAGCUUCCUGUGGUGAGAGCUGUGAUCAACUUCACUCGUUUAGCUGGUAGAAACCCGUCUACGUACUGUAGGUUAUAUUGGGUGAUUUUUGAGGUGCUUUAAUUGGAUUCUGGGGAUUUGUCGUAAUGUGGCUGGUUUGUUUUUGUUUUUGAAUGUAUUUAUGUGGACGCGACAGGCAAGUGUUUCUGCAGGGGUGGUGCAUUUAAAUGCCGUUGCCAUUUUUGUUGGGCCUCGGAAAUGGUUGCACUGCAUUGUGGGAUUUGUAUGCACAGAAAGUAAAGAAUGUUUUGAAGUGUUUAAAGGUCAAGCUUCCUAGAUGGCAACUGAUGGGAUUGAUUUGUUGUCAGCUAUAAUUUCCAGUCGAUGACAGUGAGACAGCAGCUUUUCUGCCCUGAUGCUGAUCUAUCUAGUCUACGAAAGCAAGUAUGAAGUGUAAAAGGAAGGAUUUCGAUGAGAAAUAGUCAGUCUUUGGCCGUUGUGUAUUUUCUUAGACUUGCUGCAUUUCAACAGAAGUUGCUUUGCGACACUGAUUUAACGCUGUGAGGAAAUCAGGCACGUUAUUUCUGUAGAAAUAAAAACCCGUAAAUGAUUUCUAGAAUAAUGCAAUAUAUUUUUGGUGUAAUAUGAAAUAGGAAUGUGAUGUUUCAUUGACGCAUCAUCUUUAAUGCACCUUUAGAGACGUGUGUGUGUGUGUGUUUGUGUAAAAGGGACACAGUCAGGUUUAUUUUUGCAUGCUUUUUACAUUUUUGAAGGGAAGUCAGUCUUACUGUAUCUGCUAAAAUCAUUUUAGUAUCAUUUUCUUGUAUUAUUUUCAUCCUCGGUGGAACUUUAUGGUACAUUUAUGUUCAUCACAUGAUUUAACAAACUAAUAUUUAGUUCUAUUUUAUCUGUAAUUGUUUUGUUCUGUAUGGGAGAAAAGUGAUGAGGUAGAUUUCAGGGUUGUUGUUGAUGUAUGAAACGGUACGAGUUUUGCGCUCUUCCAUGUGAAGAUUGUCCAGAGAUUACGAGUAAAUCUACAUGCAUCAUGCUAGAUUUCAAUGGGUAAAGGUUUGAACCACUGCAGUGUUUCUUGUGAAAUCUCUUAGCCAUAUCCAAGUUCACCGUCUGACAGUGUCGCCACAUUAAUGUGCAAUGAGAUUUUAUGUACGAGAUCUUAAUAAAGUCUUAAUAAAGAUUUUGUAUUUAAA